GGAUGCUGUCAUCAAGUUCACAGUGACUGGUGUUCAUGUGAAGGGUGAAGACGAUGGAGAGAAACCUCAGAGCCAAUCUGAAAAGAGCAGAAAGGCAGAGCCUCAAGCCAGCAGUUCAGGGCAACACAUGAAAACAGAAUCUAAUGUGGAGAACAGUGGAGUACCAGAACCAGACACAGAUGAUGUGGAUUCAAAGUCUUCUGAAACUGAGACUGAACAAAGUAAUUGGACAGAGACGGGUGACGGACAGAUGGGUUUAAAUGCUCUGAAAAACAAUGACAUCCCUGAACAAGGUCACAGAUGUAACACCAGCGAGAAACUAUUCAUCUGCGCCGAGUGCGGGAAAGGAUUUGGUCAUCUGGGCCACCUGAAUUACCACAUGAGGACUCAUAAUGAACAGAAACAGUUCAGCUGCUCUGAAUGCAGCAAAACCUUCAGAUACAAGCACCAUCUGAAUCAGCACUUCAGACUGCAUACGGGAGAGAAACCGUUUCGGUGCUCAGUUUGUGGCGAAGGAUUUUCUCAGAGCUCGACUUUGACCUACCAUGUGAGAUGCCACACGGGAGAAAAACCAUACAGUUGCUCUGCUUGUAAGAAAUGUUUUAUGUUGAAAGGGCAGGUUCUGAUACACGAGAGUACACACAGGAGAGAAACCAUUUAUCUGUUCUGUCUGCAGUAAAGGGUUUACACGUAAAAACAUCCUAACAGACUAUGACCAUCCACACGGGGGAAAAAAGGUUCAGAUGCAGCAUUUGUGGUAAAAACUACAGCAGAAAGUCAAUAUUAAUAAAGCACAAGUGUGUUUGAACUGGCAGACUCAAAGUGCAUAUGUGCAUGUACGUACUGAUUGUUGACUGUCAGUGGUCUUAAACCAUGGACACAUUGCUAUGAAGGUGCCAUCACAUCAUGAAUUUUUUUUUGUUAAUAGGAAACAUUUUUAUUCCAUCAAUGUUCAAAUUAUAUGUGAUGUCCAAAUGCACUGGGUUGGCGUGGAACAGGCGGGCUGGCAUGGUGCACGAUGGAUGGCUGCAUGGGUGUGCAUUCUCACUUGUGUUGUGUG